AUAAGUGGCACAUGAGCACAAUUUAAAGACCAGGACUGAGCUAAUAAGCAACAGAACCAAUAGUCUUCAAAGAUUUUUAAAGAGAAUAUUUUAGAGACAUGGCUACAGUUGGACAAAUCAUUUUUUACAGCAUGGUGACCCUAAAUGUCAUAUUAGCAGCCUUCAUCAUCCUCAUCUUGUCCCUGGCCUUUUCAAAAUCCACGUCAAAGGUGAUGAGCAGUAACACAAAACCCGUCGCCAACCUCGGUGAGGACCACAUUCUCAGCUGCUAUAUCCCUGCAGAAAUUCAACAAAACAGCCUAAGUGUGGUGUCGGUCAGCUGGAAGAAGAUGGAUCUGGGACCGAUUUAUCACUACGAGAAUGGAGCUCCGGCUCUUGAUGGGCAAGUUUCACAGUUCAAAGGCAGAGCUCAGGUCUUCCCUGAUGCUGUAGCCAGAGGUAACGUCUCUUUGCUGUUGCGGAGUGUAAGGCGCAGUGAUGAGGGAGAGUACAUCUGCAGCAUUGGGUCCUCUGUUGGGCAAGGGAAGGUCAGCAUUCAGCUCCGAACAGCAGUCUUUUCAGCCCCAACACUAAACUUCUCUAACAGCAUCCUGACCUCUGAGGCGAGCAGGUGGUUCCCUAAACCAGAUGUCACGUGGCUGAACCAAACUGGAAAGGUCCUGAAUGCAAGCACAAGGUUCACAGAAGUGUCAGCAGGAAUAUACAGUGUCCUGAGCACACUACAGUCAGCGCAGGUCAGCGAGACCUACAGCUGCAGGAUUGAAAACAAUUUAGUGGUGGCAGUCACUGAAGCAACUAUAACAGGCACUGGUGUUUUGGGAAGGACAUUCUUCAUCUUCAGUCUUGCUUCAACCCUGCUUGUGUCAUUUUAUCUAAAUCUUAUAACUGGUGUCCUCUGCAUAUUUCAUGUGGUCUAAUUACAUACAACCAUAUAAUCUAUACUUUAAAAUCACACCAUCUAGUUUAUUGUCUGUGUACUGGGUACUUUAAAGAACAGAAAAUGAGCACCUGCUUGUCUUCGAUAAACAAUGUUAAUUUUGUGUGCUCCUGAAAAAAAUGCAGCAAAAUAAGAAGACUGUCACAAAGUUGGAUUAAAGGGAAUAUGCAACAUAUAAAAUGCUCUAAGGUAAGGUUUACUCUGAUUUUGCACAGGAAGUCUUUAAAAAACACAAUAUCCCAGUCAGAGGAGAAAGAAACCGUUUGAACACAUGACUUUGCUUCAAUCUAAACAUGCCAAUGUACGUAGCUCUGUUUGUUUAGGGUUGGUGAAACUCUGGCCCAGGCUCAGGUUUACUUUCACGAUUGCCCUGUAUAUCUGUAUCCAUCUUCCCAUCAGGUUUGGCCAACUUCCAUGUCCCUGCUGAAUAUAAGCGUUCCCCCAGCAAGAUGCUGUUACAACCAUUGUUUCAUCUUGAGGAUGGGUGUUGUGACCCGAGUACCUUGUUCCAAAUGUUUACUGUGCCCCCCACACUGCUUGUGGCAAACUGCAAAAAGGACCUCUUAUGGCUUUCUUUUAAAUAAGAUUUGUGGAGACCACAACUGAUAUGUGGUUUCGGUAUUAUAUUGCUCAGGCUGUGGACAUCUGCAGCUCCUCUAGAGUUAUCAUGGGU